CAAACCUGGCAAAUCUUGGAGGGUUGAGGGCUCGUUCUUCGUUGAAGCAACCUUCCCUUGAUUUGAACGACGACCACGAGGACUGUAGACCUUGGCGUCGUAGAAUCACCAUGGUUUUUUCCUGGGCUUCUGCCUUCAGGAUCACACUUCUUCUUCUCCUUCUUGCUGCUGUUAUUGCGGCGUGUUUCACUCUUCCUAUUGAGAAGAUGAUGAAGGACUUCUUAAUAUGGGUUGAUCGUGAUAUUGGCCGAUGGGGUCCACUUGUUUUCGGUUGGAGCGGCGCUAAACUGCUAGAGUGUAGCGGAAUUUGAUUGGAACAGGUUUCUAUUGUUCUGCUAUUCGCUAUUUUAGUACAUUGUGUCUUCGAAUAGUUACUAUUGUGGUGCUCUGGCUCUCUAGCAAAGCGGAAUUUGAACAAAUUGCUAUUUUCCGCGAUCCGCAAUUUACAACAUUGGAUGAAGUCCCUUUGUCAUAGGUGUUGAUGCUGGAUGUUUGAAGAUUGAGAAUGAGUAUGGACCUGUGGAAUGGGAGAUUGGUGCUCCUGGAAAGGCUUACACAAGUUGGGCUGCUCAAAUGGCGGUAGGUCUAGACACCGGCGUACCUUGGGAUAUGUGCAAGCAAGAAGACGCCCCUGAUCCCGUUAUUGACACUUGCAAUGGAUAUUAUUGUGAAAACUUCACUCCCAAUGAGAACAAUAAACCCAAAAUGUGGACCGAGAAUUGGUCCGGAUGGUACACUGAUUUUGGUAGCGGUAUAUCUCAUACAACUCACCACUCCUUUCUCUCUCAUAAUUCCUCUCUCUCCUCCGACAAUUACCCGCCACCAUGACCGUCAUGAUGUCCGCUCCCAUUGACGUUUUGAUUUUAGGGCUUUGUUAUCGUGGUGGAUCCGAACUAGGGUGUGAUGUAUUUUCUUUUGUGUAGCAGCAAGAGGAUGAGGAGGUGCUCGUGCCACAUGCUGAUUUGCCUGAGAACAACCACCAGCCCAUGGAAGGUUUGGAUCAGUUACUGAUUACUUUAGAUGUUUGAUUUAUGGAAUCAAGAGCAGAUUAACGUUUUGGAAAUGGAAAAGCUAUCAAGCCAACAGAACCUGGAUACUGUUUAUGAUUUAGCAACCGAGCAUAAUGUGAGUGCCAGGGAGAAAAUUGAAGAGCUCAAUAAUGAGCUUAUAAAAGCACAGGAGGCAGCUCGAGUGGCCAAUGAACAACUUAUUUCCAGUCAAACUGAUGAGAAUGUUGACUUUAUAGCCAGUGUUUCCAUGGGAAUCGAAGACGUAAUGUCCGAAGUACAAAACUCGAAAGAAGCUGUUCAAAGUGUUAUUUUGAUGAUUGAUGAUGCGACUAAAAGUUUCUCUACUCUCUGUCAUAUACUCCUUGGUUUCAAAACCUCAAUAUCUCAAGAUUCUGCAGGACAAAAAUUAAUCUUUAAUAAUUGUCAGAAGUUGAAUUCUUGCUUAACUCAAACAAUAUUCGAGCUUGAGAAUCAGAAGAUUCUUCUCGACAGCCAGUUAUCGAAUAUUCAAAAGCUUCUUGAGGAAUCAAAACUAGAUGCUCAGAGCUCCCAUAAUUCUUUGCUGGAACGGUUAGAACAACAAGAAUUGGAAAAUCAAGAGCUGAUUUCUUAUAUCCAAACUCUUGAAAAAGAGUAGCAUGUUUAACAUCAUCUUCAGUGGCCAAGGAAAAGGAAACUCUAAGAAAAGAUCUUGAGAAGGCAAAAACCAGGAUGAAAGAAACUGAAUCUAAGCUUAAGAUCGCUAUGCAAGAGAAAACAAAACUUGAGGGCGAGAAAGCCUCUGUUGAACGAGAGAUCAAACGGUUGCAUGGUCAGAAUAAGCUGAAAUGAAAAACCUGCUCUUGAAGUCUUUUGAUAACAAGAAUAGCCUUUGACUCUUUAAGACUGUUAUUGUAAUUGUAUUUCUGUGUGUCUAAUAUGAUCAUACAUGGUGUAUAUUUAUAUGCAGAUAGGGAAUAUACAAUAGGAAAUAAUAUCCAUUACAGUUAUGAUCAUAUAUGGUGUAUAUUUAUAUGCAGAUAGGGAAUAUACAAUAGGGAUUAUUCUGCAUUUGGCUCUUAUUUAUACGGUACAAUGUUUGUUCAUAAAUUUGUGUAAUUAAUGUGUACAUUUGUAGUAUAUGUAAUGACUUGUAAAUGUGUACAUAAAUUUGUAUAUAUUUUGAUACAUUUAAGGCAAAAUUGGUUUGAAUUGGUAUA